AUUUUAUUAAAACGCCCCGAAGGUUCCCGAAUCCCGAAGAGUGCGUCUCCUGGUGCGUCAACCCAAGAAGACGAACCCCCGGCCCAGGCCAUCUCCUCCUCCCUCCUCCUCUCCGAUGCCAAAACCCUAAUCGCCAUGGCCGAGCCCGCUCUCCUCGCCCCCUCCUCCUUCGAUCUUCCCCACCACAACCACCGCGACGCCGCGAUCGACCCCUCCGACCCUCCUUUCUUCGAUCCCGACCUCUUCUCCGACGAUCUCCCGCUUCCUGCAGAUCCCUCCUUCGACGACUUCGACAUCGACGUCGACUUCUCCGUCGACGACUUCCUCCUCUCCCCCGAGCGCCGCGACGGCUCCCCGUCGCCGGAGUUCAACGAGGGCUCCGGGGCCUCGUCGUCUUCCUUGCCGCCGGCGUCCGCCGCGGACGCCGGCGGCGGCCCCGCGUCGCCGGACUCGGGCCAUUCCGCUGCCGGAUCGCCGGAUUCCGGCGUGUGCGCGGAGGGCAGCGGCAAGGCCCGCCGCGGCGUGAAGCGGAAGAAGCAGAAGGAGGACGCGGGGUCCCCGAACCCUAACCCUAGCCCUAACAUUAGCCCCGAAUCGAACUCGGCCUCGUGCGUCGACGACGCGGGGGACGAGGACGAGGACAAGAGGAAGGCGCGGCUGAUGCGGAAUCGCGAGAGCGCGCAGCUGUCGAGGCAGAGGAAGAAGCUCUACGUGGAGGAGCUCGAGGAGAAGGUGAAGUCGAUGCACUCCACGAUCAACGAGCUCAAUGCAAAGAUCUCCUACAUCAUGGCGGAAAACCUAGCCCUAAGGCAGCAGGUGGGUGGCAAUGCAGGGCCGAAUUGUCCCCCCCAAUCUGUUUACCCCAUGGCGCCGCUCCAUUUCCCUUGGAUUCCCGGUUACUCAUUGCGGCAGCAGGGUUCGCAGGUUCCGCUCGUCCCUAUUCCUAGAUUGAAGCCCCAACAGCCCGCGCCUGCACCAAAGGCCAAGAAGAGUGAAAGUAAGAAGGGGGAGAAGAGCAGGACCAAGAAGCUAGCUAGCAUCAGCCUUUUGGGCUUGUUGUUUGUUGCGCUGUUCUUUGGAGCUGUAGUUCCAGGGGUAACUCGUAGGAUCGGGGAGAGUAGAAAUUCAGUGUCGGAUCAAUUCGAUGUGGGUAAAAGUGGGAACUUUGGCGGAUCUCAUGGGAGGGUUUUGAGUGUGAGUAGCCGCGGUGGUAGUAGUAACAGCACCGAUCAGAUCGAACUUUGUGGUGGGAAGUUCAAUUUUGGGGAAAGUGGUACUGAUGGUAUCACUGGUAAGAAAUGCCAGCCUGGAAUAUCGAAGAACUCAUCUGAGAGUCUGCCUGCUUUGCUAUAUGUGCCAAGAAAUGGGAAGCAUGUCAAGAUUAACGGCAAUUUGAUAAUCCAUUCCGUGCUUGCUAGUGAGAGAGCAAUGGCUCAUAGGGAGUCCAGAGAUCAGGUGAGGCAGUCUACGAGUAAAGAGAAUAACGAUACCAGUUUGGCUCUUGCUAGUUACGUAGCAUCAUCGCUGGCUGUAUCCGAAUCUGGGAAGGAGAUGGGAAAACAUUUUAACUCAUACAGGGGCUCUGUUGAACAUCUGAGAGCUCUAGCUUCUGAUUCUGGAGAUGCCCAUGGGAAAAAUAUGAAAUCCUCACUGCCUGAUGGCUCAUUACCACAAUGGUUCAGCGAAGGAAUGGCAGGCCCAAUACUAAGUUCUGGAAUGUGCACGGAGGUGUUCCAAUUCGAAGUCUCCCCGGCCUCUGCUCAACCGAGCGGCAUUGUUCCUGCUACUUCAAUUGCUAAUGCUUCCUCAAUACUCAAUUCCACCGAGAACCUCCAUCGAUCUCGGCACACAGGGAAGAUCAAGAAUAGGAGAAUAAUGUACAAGGACCCAAUCCCGCUCACCGGAAAAACUCUCAAUAACACAGAGAAGCCGUCGGAAAGCCAGAAUUCACAUGAUAACAAGCUCGUUUCGUCCGUAGUUGUAUCUAUUCUAGCUGAUCCGAGAGAGGCCGGCGACGGGGAUGGAGGAGAUGGGAGAAUCUCUUCUCCCAAGUCUCUUUCGCGCAUCUUCGUCGUCGUGCUGCUGGAUAGUGUGAAGUAUGUCACCUAUUCAUGUGUCCUCCCAUUCAAGAGUUCGGGGCCUCAUCUUGUUAAUUAAUAAUUAUGAUGGGGAAUAGCAUACUGGGAUUCUAACCUUUUUUUUUUUUUUUGUUAAACCAAUCAGCAUAUGUUAAUGGUGGCUAUUAGGGAGAUGAGUUACCCUUUUAAAGCCUAUGCAUACAUGUUGGUGUGGCUUGAACCAUUUGUAAUGUACAACGACGUUCUAAGUGGUUAUUUUUACACCCAAUUGGUUGGACAUCCUUAGAUGUUUAA